CCAGUAGUUCAUUUUUGCUUUUGUUUCCCUUGCCUCUGGAGACGUGUUGAGUAACAAGCUGCUGUGGCUAAGAUCAGAGAGGUUUUUGCCUGCUUUCUCCUCAAGGAUUUUGAUGGCUUACUGUCUUACAUUUAGGCCUUUCAUCCAUUUUUUAAGUUUAUUUUUGUGUGUGGUGUAAGACCAGUGGUCCAGGUUCACUCUUCUGCAUGUCGCUGUCCAGUUUUCCCAGCACCACUUGCUGAAGAGACUGUCUUUAUUCCAUUGGAUAUUCUUUCCUGCUUUGUCAAAGAUUAGUUGACCAUACGUUUGUGGGUCCAUUUCUGGGUUCUCUAUUCUAUUCUAUUGUUCUGAGUGUCUGUUCUUGUGCUGGUACCAUACUGUCUUGGUGAUUACAGCUUUGUAGUAUAGCUCGAAGUCUGGGAUUGUGAUGCCUCCUGCUUUGGUUUUCUUUUUCAAGAUUGCUUUGGCUAUUCAGGGUCUUUUCUGGUUCCAUACAAAUUUUAGGAUUAUUUGCUCUAGCUCUGUGAAGAAUGCUGGUGUUAUUUUGAUAGGGAUUGUAUUGAAUAUGUAGAUUGCUUUGGGUAGUAUCAACAUUUUAACAAUAUUUGUUCUUCCUAUCCAGGAGCAUGGAAUCUUUUUCCAUUUUUUGGUGUCUUCUUCAAUUUCUUUCAUAAGCUUUCUAUAGUUUUCAGUGUAUAGAUUUUUCACCUCUUUGGUUAGAUUUAUUCCUAGGUAUUUUAUGGGUUUUUAUGGGUUAUAAUUUUUUAUAUAUUAUUAUUAUUAUUUAAUUUUUUAAAUGUUUAUUUAUUUUUGAGAGAGCACACAAGCAAUCGGGAGGGGCAGAGAGAGGGGGACAGAGGAUCUGAAGCAGGCUCUGUGCUGACAGCAGUGAGCCCGAUGUGGGGCUCGAACCCACAAACAGUGAGAUCAUGACCUGAGCUGAAGUCCAGACAUUUAACCGACUGAGCCACCCAGGUGCCCCAAAUUUUUAUAUAUUAUUGCUUGAUUUAGUUUUUUACUUAAAAAAAAAGUUUUUCACAUCUAUAGUCAUGAGAAAGAUUGGCCUCAGUGUUCUGUUUUUGUACAAUCUUUUUAAAGUUUUAGUAUCACCAUAAUGCAGGUUGAGUAAUGUUCCCUUCCCUUUUUUUUUUUUUUUUUUUGAUUUUCUGGAAAUUUUGUGUAUAAGUGGAAUUAUUUUUUCUUUAAAUGUUUAGUAGAAUUUAUUGAUGAAGCUGUUUAAGCCUGGAGUGUCUUUGUGCAAGGCUAUUAAUUAUGAGUUAAAUUUCUUUUUCUUUUUAAAUUUUUUGUAUACUUAAAAAUUUUUUUUAAUGUUUAUUUAUUUUUGAGAGAGAGACAGAGCAUGAUUGGGGGAGGGGCACAGAGGGAGGGAGACACAGAAUCUGAAGCAGGCCCCAGGCUCCGAGCUGUCAGCACAGACCCUGAUGCAGGGCUUGAACUCAUGAACUGCAAAAUCAUGACCUGAGCCAAAGUUGGACACUCAAUUGACUGAGCCACCCAGGCGCCCCAAGUUAAAUUUCUUUAGGAGCAGGGACUAUUCAGUUUUUUCUACUUAUGUCAGUUUUAAUAGAGCAUCCUUUUUUUCUAGGAAUUUGUCCAGUUUACUGAAAACCUUUAAAUUUGUCAUAACAUUGUGACCUUUUGAGAUUGAUUUUUUCAUUUAACAUAAUACUCUUGAGAUCUACCCAGGUUGUUGCAUGUAUCAAUAGUUUCUUUCUUUCUUUCUUUCUUUCUUUCUUUCUUUCUUUCUUUCUUUCUUUCUUUCUUUCUUUCUUUCUUCUGUUUAUUUAUUUUGAGAGAGAGAGAAAGACAGAGAGAGGCAGGGGGAGGGGCAAAGAGAGAGAGAAUCCCAAGCAUGCUCUGUGCUGUCAGCGCAGAACCCGAUGUGGGCCUUGAUUCCACAAACUGUGAGAUCAUGACGUAAUGCGAAAUCAAGACUCAGACUCUUAAUUGACUGAAACACCCAGAUGCCCCAAUAAUUUUUUUGUUUUGUUUUGUUUUGUUUUUAGUUGCUGAGGAGUAUUCUAUGGUAUGGAUGUACUAUGGUUUAUUUAGCCAUUCAUGUAUUGGAGGACAUUUUGGCUGUUACUAAUAAAGCUCUUUUGAACUUUUUCUUUUUUUUUUUUUUGCUGGGUUGCUGGCAAGCCAAGGAUGGUGAUUAAGGAAUGAGGGGAUGGGACUGGCAACAAAACUUUCUGGAUAGUGAGCACCACUGCAUGUCCCACAAACAUACCAUGCCACAGGAAUGGAAGAGUAGAAGCUCAUCUUGCAGAUUUUUCUAGCUCCGUCUACUAAUAAAGCUUAACAUCAUCAUGUCAGCUAGCAAAGAAGAAAUGUUUCAGGGUCCAGUUUCCGUAUUACAGAGUGAAGCAUGAAGGGGUAGAUUUGAAGCUAAGAGGCAACAAAUUGAUAACUAGAACACAGGGUUUUACUUCCUUUAGUUUUUAACAUGUCUUAUUUACAUUAAGCUAAAAAUAUACAUAUGACAUUUUCGGAAUGUUAUACCAAUAUUAUUACUGACAAUGAGACUAUUGAACGCAGUUCAAGAUUCUUUUUGUCUUUAGAAUAUACACCAUUAUGAUUGUACAAACAAAAUACUGGAUUUUAAAAUCACCUGAAAUAAUUUCUCUCCUGAUUUUUUUCUUUCUGAUUUCACUAACAAUAUGCAAUGAGCUUUGUUUGUUUCAGUUUGUUUUCGAUUUUUGAGGAUUACUCUAUUUCUGACUUGUACUUUUCACUUAUACAAAACAUUUACUUUAUUUCAAAUUAAUGUUUAUAUUUAAUGCUGUAAACUCCCCUAUAAAGAGUUUUAGCUGCCUCAUAGCAAUUUUGACAUGUCAUAUUUUUGUCAUUCAGUUGAAAUAUUUCCUAAUUUCCAUUGAGGUUGCUUCUUUGUUCCAUUGUUUAUUUAGAAGUAUAUUUCUUAAUGUUCAAACAUAUGAAGAUUUUAAGGUUAUAUUUUUAUUAUUUCUAGCUUAAUCACAUGUGGACAGAAAACAUGUAUAUGAACUUAGUUGUUUGAAAUCUGUGGAUUCUUGCCGUAUUGCCCAGCACACAAUCGACUUUUAUAUGUUUUAUGUAUGCUUGAAGAGAAUAUACAUUCUGCAGUUGUUGGGGACAGUGUUCUGUAGGUUCAUUAUAUAAAUUUGUUAAUAAUAGUUUCCAAAUCUAUAUUCCUACUGAUUAUCUUUUUGUUCUAUCAGUUCUGAUAGGUGUUAAAAAACCUGACAUUUUAAACCUGGGUUUAUCAGUUUCUCCUUUUUGUUCUAUCAAUUUUUGCUUUAUACAUUUUGAGGUUAUGUUAUUAAACUCAUCCAAUGUAAGAGUGUAUCUUCUUGGUGAACUAAAUCUUUUAUUAAUAUGAAAUGAUGUUCUUUAGUACUACUCUUUGCCUUAAGAUCUAUUGAAGAUCUGCUGCUAAUCUAGCUAUACUAGCUUUUUUUUGGAUUCAUGUUUGCUUGAUAUAUCUUUGCCUUUCCUUUUCUUUCAGUCUUUCUGCAUCCUUUGCUUGAGAUGUGUCUCUUGUAGAUAGCAUAUGAUUGGUUUUGUUAAUUCAGGUUAGACAUCUUUUUCUUUUAAUUGGAACAUGUAAUAAAUUUACAUUGAAUGUAAUUACUAGUAUAUCUGGGCUUAAAUCUACCCUCUUUAAAAGCAUUUUCUGAAUAUGCCACCUGUUAUAUGUCUCUAAUUUCUCUAUUUUCUUGCCUUUAUUUGGAUUGAAUUUUUUUUAUGUUUAUUUAUUUUUGAGACAGAGAGAGACAGAGCAUGAACAGGGGAGGGGCAGAGAGAGAGGGAGACACAGAAUCCGAAACAGGCUCCAGGCUCCGAGCUGUCAGCACAGAGCCCGACGCGGGGCUCGAACUCACAGACUGUGAGAUCAUGACCUGAGCCGAAGUCAGACGCUUAACCGACCAAGCCACCCAGGUGCCCCUGGAUUGAAUUUUUUUAAAAAAUCAUUCUAUUUUCCCCUUCGAUUACCUAAUUAUUUACACAUUCUUUUAUAUUUACUACAGUGGUUAUUUAAAACUUUAUUUAAUGUUUAUUUAUUUUGAGGGAGAGAGAGACAGAGUGCAAGCAGGGGAAGGGCAGAGAGAGGGAGACACAGAAUCCUAAGUAGGCUCUACACUGUGAGCUGUCAGCACAGAGCCUGACAGGGGGCUUGAACUCAUGAACCAUGAGAUCAUGACCUGAGCUGAAGUUGGACGCUUAACCAACUGAGCCACCCAGGUGCCCCUACAGUCAUUAUUUUAGACUCUUACUCUAUAGGGUAGAGUACAACAUCCAUCUUGAUAUUUCUUUACUAUCUUUUAGCAUCUCUUGUUGCUGUUAAGGAACUAGCUGAUUGUUAUUCCUUUGUAGGUAAUUUGUGUUUUAUUCUAGUGGCUCUAGAAUUUUAAUUUUUAUCCCUGAUGUUCUGCAGUGUCACUGAAACAUCAGUUUAUCUUUAUUUGUCCUGGUGAGUACUUGGGUUACACUUCCCAUCAGAGGAUUCUUGUCUUUUUUUUUUUCAAUUCUAGAAAAGUCUCAGUUAUCUUUAUAUGUUACCAUCCUGCCAUUCUUUUGGAACUCCUCUCAGUCCAUCCAACACACCUGCUACUUGUUCUUUUAUUAAAAAUUAUUUUCUUUAUUUUCCUACAUUGCACACUGGGUGAAUUCCUCACUAUUUUCUAAUUUACUAAUUCUUUUUUUUUAAACUUUUUUUUUAACGUUUAUUUAUUUUUGGGACAGAGACAGAGCAUGAACAGGGGAGGGGCAGAGAGAGAGGGAUACACAGAAUCGGAAGCAGGCUCCAGGCUCUGAGCCAUCAGCCCAGAGCCCGAUGCGGGGCUCGAACUCACGGACCACGAGAUCGUGACCUGAGCUGAAGUCGGACACUUAACUGACUGAGCCACCCAGGCACCCCUAAUUUACUAAUUCUUUAACUGUAUUCAGUCUUGAUUAUAUAUUAUUUGUUGAGAUUUCAAAUUUUGAUGCCUAUGUUUUUCAUUUCCAAGUUUUCUAAUUGGUUCUUUUCAUAUCUACCUAUAAAUUAUUUCAUUCUGUCUUUAUUUGUUCUUUUAAGAUGGAAAUUAUUUCUUCACUUUUUUAGCACCCUAAGCACAUUGAUUUGAUGAUCAUGAGGAGAAGGAGGUGGAGGAGAAGAGGAUGGUGACAAUGAUUAUGAUUAUUAUUAUUUUAUUAAAGUCUUUGAGAGACUGUUUUACAAAAUAAUCUCCUCUGAAGUAAUUUCCUAUUCCAAUUGUUGAUUUUGUUAUGUUGUCUGUCUUUUGUAGCAUUAGAUUUCUACAUGUCUUUGGGAACUUGAGUUUGUUUAUUUUAAGUAGCAUCUCUCUAUUUCUUUUCCUUUCCCUCUUUCUCUCCUUCUGUGUAAAACACUUCCUUUCUAGUUGCUUUUUGUGACUGUCUCAUUUGCACCCCUACUCCUGAUCUAAUGUCCAGAACCUGGUCUUAAAAUGACAAUAAGUGGCUCUUCUCCUGUAGAGAUAUGGGGAUGUUGUGGAUUCAGGUAGAGUGCCAACAGUUUCUAAUUGAGAAUAAUAAUCAAUAUUUACUGAGUUAAUACUAUAUGCCAGGCACUAUUCUACAUAUAUUAUUUCAUAUAAUGUUCCUAACAGUUCUAUGAGUUAGAUACUACUACUACUAUUGCUGCGACUACUAUGACUAUUACUUCUACUAUCACUACCACAAUGAUGACCAUUUUACAAAUGAGUAAAUUAAGGCAUGUUAAAUAAUGCCUUUAGUGAAGACAAACCAGAACAUUUGAAUGAAUGAAUGAAUAAAUAAUCCAUUGUUGCUGGUAGCAGAUAGACUGAACUCAGACCAAAUUAAUUUUCUGGCUUUUUUCCCCUAUCAUUAUUAACCAAAACUAUGGGUAUAUGUCACUGGAAUAUAAGUUUGUAGUUUAUAAUAGUCAAUUUUAUUAACAUGAAAUUAUUUUAUUUCUAUGAAAUUUUUGUAGUCCUAUAGACAAGUACUCUUCUACUCCAAAUCUCUAUCCAACUCUCACCCAUAGAAAGCACUUUAUAAUGUCAAGGGAAAAGAUGUGAUCCAAAGGGCAGGCUGAAAUGCUAAAAGUGAUACCUAAUAGUACCUAUCUCAUCUUUUUUGACUCUCAUGUUAAUUUUUAUUAUACUUAUUUUGCAUAUGAAUAAAUAGAGUCUCCAGGAGUUAAAUAAAUUGCCUAAGGAUAUAUUGCUAGUGGGGGACAGACUCUGAGUCAGGAGCCAAACUUGUGUCUUCUGAUUCUUAAUUAUUCUUUGCAUGUUUUCAUCAUACCAUGAUACCACCUGUAAUGAAAUACCCACCUAUAGCAAGAGAGAAACAGCUCCCCCUCCUCACCAUUGUUAUUUCUUAUAGAGAUGUUUAUAGUUAUGGUAGGUUCUUCAGAGAUCACGGACAGGAACUUGGAUGUCUCAGAAAAGAACAUCAAGGACUUUAUGGAGGCACUCCAAGUUGCUGGUCAGGUGAGGACAUCUCAGACAUCUUCCUGGCUCCAGCCAGCAUAAGACCAUCUCGAUCAAGGUAUUUGGUUGGGCACACACCCAUUGUGCCAGCAGAGUGGGAAAAUUUCCAGUCAGCAGAGCACUACUUGGUCCAGUCCAUUCAUAGCUCCAGGUCUAGUUCCAGUGUUCCUAGUCUGACCCAUAUUCUUCACUCCUCAACCUCUGAUCCAGCUUUAAUCCUCUUUCUAGAUUCACUCCUCCUCUUCCUUUCUUGACCAGGGAUCAUUAUUCUCUUUAUUAUCUUUACCUUUCAACCUUCCUUUCUCCUUGAGUCCCCUCUCUCCUAUAGUUGUCAGCAGAUAAUGUCUUACAAACGCUCAAGUUGCUGAAAGUCAAAAUCCUAAAUAACAAGAUGGCAACUCCACGAUGCCAGAAGGUGACAGAUAUCAUCGUUGACUACAUGAAGACCAUGGUGAGGAGCUGUGCCUCUGGGUUGGGAGCUUUGGGGAAAGAAAGCACCCCAGGUAUGAGCCCAAGAGUUCUUUCUGGUGGAUGAUGACACUUGGAAACUAAACUAUGUGAGAACUUGGAUAUGAGUAUCUCAUUUCUAAACAGUUUGCUGGAGUCCAUAUCUUGUACUGUGAGCCUAUCUCAAGAACUGUGACAUAGACAGAACUGGAAGAUACAGUAGUGAAGUGAAGUGGUGAGGCAGGAGGAGUGAAAUGGAAAGGGGGAAGGAUUUGGGCUGUUGAUCUCAGAGUCUGACCUGGUUUUGAGACUGUGUCCUGGGAUUCCUUAGGUGGUCACCUUUGUUAUUACAACUCAACUAAGCAUCUCAAUCUAUUUACUAACUUAUUUAAACCCACAUAUCUGUAUGCUAACCCACCUUUAGACUGAACAUUCAUGAUAUCUACUUAUCCAUCUAUUCACAUACUUUGUACUUACUUCCCUGAUAUUGGGUUAAUCUGGUUCCUUAUUUUCUUUGUUAACUACCUACCUAUGGGGUAUCUUCCUUCCAGUUUGCCUGCCUUCUUUGGCAGGCCUGUCUUCUGAUCAAGACCACUGACCUUCCAGGGACUUCCAAAGUUGCUUCUGUAAUCUAUCUACUUUCCUGAUGAUUCACUUGCUGCUGCAGUGAAACCUCUGUGCUUUGGAAACCUUAAUCCCCACUCCCACCCCAAUACACAGAUUGUGCGGAUUUCUUGUCUUCCUGUUCUUUGCACACUUUAGGAAGCUCUUGCCCUCCAUCACUGGGAAGGUGUCUGUUGGAUGGGUGGUAGAAGCCAGAGGGAGAACUGGAGGAGUUGUGCACUGAAGUCCUAUUGGCUCUGGGGUUCCAGUCUCCAGGAAUAGUCAUCUUCAAGCUGUGGGACAGAUGGCAUUUGAACAACCUGCCCCCAAAUGGUCUCCUGGUUGCAGUGGGGAGACUCAUCUUCUGCCAGGGUGCAGACCCCUACAUUGGUGUCACAUGGGAAUAUAUCCUGCACCUUCUGAGGAUGGCCCAAAAGGAGGAUGACAUGUUGGCAGUAUGUCAUGUGCUCAAAGGAUUGGUCAUCAGUGCCCGGAAACAUCUGGAUCUGGGUACUAAGAAUGAUGAAAUAAUGGACAUCACACAAGAGGCGCUGUCCAUCAAGGCUUACCUCACCCUUCGGGUUCUCUUCAAUCGUUGGUCCCUGAGGAGCAACAACAAGGUGACAGAGGAAGCUCUGGUGAUAAUUGGUCAUCUCUUCUUCCUCAUUCCAUCAUCCAAACUCAAGAAUCAAGUGAACCGUUUAACCCGAUGGUUAAUGACUUUGAUGUCUGCAAAAGUGGCACCUUUCUACAUUUCCCAGUGUAUCUUCCAACUUAUAGAUGCUCUGGCUCUUAGUGGCUGUGGAGGUAUAAACUUGGAAUCCCAGCUGGGAAAUAUUAUAGGCAUGCUGUUCAAACAGCUGAGUGAAACAGUUGAGGACUCAAAUCAUCACUCUGUACAGGACCACAGCCUUUCCCUGAAGGCCUUCUAUAUCCUGACCAAGUUAUAUAAUGAUCGGGUGGUAACCUUAAUACGAGAGAACGUGGAAUCCAAGGAUCCAGCCAAGAUAGUAUCAACCAUUCAAAUUUUCACAGAUGUGCUCCAGAAAGUGCCCCAGACAGAGCAACUGAAGAAUGAGGUGAUGCAUUCAGUCAUAAUCAUGAUUCAGGAGGAUCUCAAACCAGUGCGAAGGGUCCUCCUGAACUUCAUCGAGAUGUUGAUCCAGCAUGACUACUUGGCCCCGCCCCAGGGGAGCAUCAUCAUCAACUAUGUCAUCAAGCUCAGCGAGUCUGACUGCUCAAAUGAAGAGGACAUCCAACUAACAUGUUCCAAAAUCCUACAGAUGGUAACCUUGCCCAAACUGAUCACCUUGGUAUGCCAGCCCAGCAACACCUUGGCCUUUGUGCCCCUGAGUAAGAUGGCCACGAAAAUGGCUCUGAGGGCCCGUUCCCUGGGCCAGGUUCCCUACCUCAGCAGCUUUCACCUCAGGCCUACCCAGUUCAUCUCCCCACAGAAACUCCUGACCCAUCUUGUGAUGUUUUCCCUGAAGCCCUAUAGAGAAGGGGAGUUUGGUGUAAGCUCUCUAAGGCUACUAUAUGCCCUGCAUCCUAUCACCUCCCUGCACCCCGUUAUCAACUCGAAUGUGGGCCAGCUGUGGAUGACGGAGAUCCCACAGAUGUUGCAGAUGCUGGAUGAUCACACUGAAAAGAGCCUGAAUCAGGAGGAGUGGGAAGGCAGGCUGCUCCAGGCUUUUCUAUAUAAAUUCUUUGGCUUCACCCUGCGGACCUCGAGGAAUAUAAAAAUGGUGCAGAUGAUGCUCUCCGCCAUCCUACAAACUGUCCAUGAAGAGCUGCAGGAGAGGGAGGGCAUUGCUGUGGCGCUCAGUAUCGUGUCCAUGAAACAUCUGAAGGUAACCCUGGACCAACUGCAAGCAUAUAGUGCUAUACUCACUGACAAGAACUCAUCAUCCAUCCUCAAACUGAUGAAGGAACAUCAGCAAAGGGAAUGGGGGCUGGUCUGUAACAUCAUCUACUUAAGCUAUAGCAAGAUUAUUUCAGAGAGCAAGGGAGCCAUCUUCAUGCAUUUAGAUGACAUCCUGGCCAUUGUCCUGCAACACUACCGCAACUGUAUUGUAGAAAAGGAUAAGAACCUGAAGCUGGAGUACCUGGAUGCCCUGACCAAGCUAAUAAACAUCUUGAGCAGCCAGCCCAUGGCCUUUCAAUUCAAGUUCCCUCAGAAAAUAGAAAUUGUAACCUUUAUGAUGGAGUUAAUCAGGGAGGAGCCAUUGAAUUCCAUCUCCAGUUCCAUUAGGCAGAGGGCAAUGAACUUCAUCACUAAUUUCAGGAAGCUCCAUCCCCUCACAGAGGUGGAAGAAAGAACAGAGCUACUCCAAACGUGCUUUCAGAGUGUGCUAUGCCUGCCAUCCACAGAGGAUUUGCAGAAGGAGGCAUCCAGUUCCCAGGAAGCCCAGGCCACUGAAGAUUUGCUCAUGGAGACCCUUCAAUCCCUCCUAAGGCUAAUGGAGACACUUAUUGUUGAGAUGCCUUCUCAGAUCCAGUACUGUUUGGAGCAUCUGAACAUAUGGCUGAAUUCCCAGAACGACAAUGAGAGGGAACGGGCCAUGUGGUGUGCUGCCCGUAUUCUUGGCUUCACUGCAAAAUGGAACAACUUUGGAGUGGAGAUCAAGUUCUCUCGGUUGGGGUGCUUGGUAAGGCUGCUGGCCAUGCGCUGCCAGGACCCAGUGGACAACAUCUGCUUCCUGUCUUCACAGGCAGUCUACAAUCUCUACCGUAUCCUCCUGCUGCAAAAGCAGAUGCAAAGGAAAAAACAGGGCUUAUGGGAAGAAGAGGGCAAGAGUGAAGUCUAUAGUGCCAACGUGUUCUAUAACAACACCUUUGAGAUUGCCAAGGCAUUUGCAGAGUACUUCACCGAGACGCAGCUCACCCACCUGGUGCUGACGGCCAUGGAGGGUCUGACUGACAGCAAGGCCACGGUGUCUCUGGCAGCAGCCCAGCUGAUGAGUGCUGUCAUGAAAGAACGGGGCAGAGAUAUGAUAAAGAUUGAAGAAAUUGUGGAGGGGAUUGUGGGACGGCUCAACUUACAGCUGGAGCCCAACACGAAGGAGGAGACAAUGCGGGCCAUGUGCUUGCUGGCUGGCAACAACACCCACAGGGUUGUGCCCAUGCUGCUCAACAAGACCCUGCCUUGGGACAGAACCAAUCUGGCCCUUUGGAAGGCAUUUGGCACCCGGCGAGAGACCACAAUCAGCGUCCUGCAGCUGCUCAUAGGCAUCCUGGAAAAGCUCCACUCCAGAGAGGAAUCUAGGGAGAUGGCCUUCCAGCCUGUGGCGGUGACAUGUGCUUUGUGUGAGAUGCUGUCAGGGUCCCUGUGCCAGGAGGCUGUCCAGGAGCUCUACCCCCGGCUGUUGCUGGCUAUACUGCAUCAUCUCUACUGGGUGAUUGAACAAAACGUCCCCCAGAAGAUGGUGGUCUACAACAGGGAGGAGGGCCCAGGCCGCAAAAGCAAGCCCUUUGAUCCUACUAGUUGUGCCUUGGAGGUAGUGAAGCUGGUGUUUGUGGCAGCUGCAUAUGAAGGAGUGGUGGUCUAUGCAAAUCAGCAUCACUGCUGGGACCUUCUGUCCAGCCCCAAGUUUUACUACAUAGGGAUCAUGGACCUGACAAGUGGCAUUGUGAAGAACUGUGAACCUGCCAUCCUGCAUCGAAUCCUCAACCUCAUCAGGAACAUCCUCUAUAGCUCCAACUAUCACAGGAGGAUUCUGGCCAGGACUUUCUAUGCACAGCUGCUCUGGCACCGAUCAGUGGCUCAGACUGUGGGGCAAGACUUUUUGGGCAAUCUAAUCAAGUGGACCAACGAGCCCAACAUCAUUAUGAAAGAAGUUGGGCUCCGUGGAAUCAGUAACCUCGCAUUGCACCCAGGACAAUCAGAAUCUCUGAAGAGCCAGGUUCCAUUCUUGCGAGACUUCCUGAAGAAUGAGGCACGAGUGACAAUGCAGGCAGUAAAGAGCCUACGGAACAUCAUCUGCUUUGGGAAGCAACAGAACACCAAGGUGGUAUUUUGCAGCAUCUCCAAGCAGCUGCGUCCACUCAUCAAUGAUGAGAGGGACCUGGUGAAGAUCUCGGCCACCUCUGCCCUGGGCCACAUGCUGCAUCGAGUUCACAAAUUCAAGCCGGGAGCCAUCACCCGAAGAGAGAUCUACAGUUUUCUAGUCCCGCUGCUGCUUAGCAUUCAGGAUAAUAACACCGAGGUAGUCAAGGCCUGUGGAGGGGCCCUGACUGAGUGGACUAAGGUGAUUGGCUGGUCAUCACUCACACAGACAUUCCAGCACACCACCCUCAGUGAUCACAUCCAGGUAUUGGAAGAAACGUGCAAGUACCUGGUGGGCACAAAAAAAAUACGUCUUGUGGGGGAGUUUCUGUCCCAGAGCUUCGACUUCCUGACGAGCCCUCAGUCCUUCCUACGGGAAGCUGCCAUCAACUUCAUAGGAUUAACAAUUAAGAGGUUAACCAUGAAACGAAUUCACGAGGAUGAUGUGGAGCUGUUACAGAAUGCUAUUGGAAGUCUGAGGAAUGAUCCUGUGGAAUCUAUCCAGUCUUUGGUCACUACUACCCUGAAAAACCUUGAUGAAUAUCUUAAUCCCGAGUCUAUCUCUGCUUCCAGGAUGAGCCAGCUGAGCAAUAACAUCUUCAAAGUCACUGGCAUGAAAACCUCAGAAAGAAAGAAGCGACUGUUUAAGACUGUCAAACAGGAAAGAGAUGAUGAUGACAAUCAGAAAAAGAAUAUCUGGAAUUGGCUUCGAGGCCCUCUAAAUUCCUUGUGCAACUGGCACAAUAGGAGGGUGAAAACUACUCCACUCAUAAUAGGCAAUUCAGAUAAAUAAUCAAUAUGGUCACAGGUCCCAACAUCUGAAAGUCCACCUACAGAAGCUGGGCCUGCCCCUAAAUAAGUUGCACCUAAUUGCUCUGGGACUGAAGCCUUUUCCAUUUGUUGUCCAGAUAAGCAGUACUUUGAUUCACAGUAGCUCUCCUACCUUUUUCCAACUGGACGGGCUACCUGGGAUUAAACCCAAGGAGGCAGUUUUGAUCCUAGAAGGCACAGUAUGUGUCUCUCCCUAGGGGAUUGUUGGCUAUCAGCAUAUACAUUUGUCAAUAAAACUUAUUUUCUCAUCCUAAGACAA